AUGCGUGAGACAACAGGCGCCGAAGUUCAUGUCAAAGAAGAACGCGAUUUGGAUCCCCCUACAACUACGAUUACCACCUGUGUUUUGAGCCCUGUACCAAGUGUCGAUGGUGAUCAGGAAUCGUCUUUGCAACCCUGUGACAGUGAACCGCAGACCGCCGACCCAGACCUAGCAGACUCAGACUCACAAUCGGGCUCGGAUGAUGCCUGGCAUUAUGACGUAUUGGAUGUUUUGAAGGCUCUCGACUACACGGAUCCCGAUUACAUCCCAAAGUUCUUAAUUGGGGGCGACAAAUCCUCAAAAGCUCGCUGUCAUUGUUCGGAUGUAGGGGAAGGUCAAAUUCUAUGUGAAUGCGACGAACCAGACAAGAACCUCGGUUCAAAGAAGAUUCUUAUGAUUGCGCAAGAGCCUGACGAAUAUCCCAGACGCGUCUUAUGUUAUUGCAAGAAAGUUGGCAAGGAAGGACUAUGUGAAUGCGACGGUCGAAUUCGUCGUGUGAAUUCCGACAAGAUUCGAAUGAUACCUAUUAAAGAAUAA